CGAUCAGCUCAGUCCACCGCGAACCUCCGACCCCACACGACGUGUGCGACAAUCGCGGAAUAACAUCUCGUAGCCGCCUGUAAUUCAGUGUAUUAGGUUUUUUAAGUGAGAUUAGUGUUUUUUUUUUAAAUUUCGAACUGUGAUAUCGGGCGACCGUAAGCUCGGGUGGGGCGCGCUCCGCUGACACACUGGCUCACUUCGCCGCCGACCGCCGAGUGGCACACACCAUUGAUUUUCUCCGUCUACGCAAGUAAACCACAACGAUGCAUAUUGAAGUACAAGUCGCCCUCAACUUCGUCAUCUCCUACCUAUACAACAAGUUACCACGAAGACGCGUGAACAUCUUCGGAGAAGAGCUGGAGAAGGCCUUAAAGGAUAAGUUCAGGGGUCACUGGUACCCCGACAGACCAUGCCGGGGCUCAGCGUUCAGGUGUCUCAAGACUGGGGGCCCGCUGGACCCGGUGCUGGAGCGAGCGGCCCGGGAGUCCGGAGUGCCAGUGAGGGAUGUCUUAGAGCACUUACCGCGGGAUCUGGCUGUUUGGGUGGACCCAGGUGAAGUAUCCUACAGGAUUGGGGAAAAGGGCGCGGUGAAGGUUCUCUUUAGCAGCGAUGAACGGGCCGCCGAAGAAAGGACUGAUAGAGAGGUGACCCGCGCGUUCAACCCAGAGGCGCAGUGCUUCCGGCCCGUAGAGCCCAUCGCGGCGCCGUCUCCCCCCACCCCCGCGGCCUUCUCCCCCGCGCCACCGUUCCGGGCGCAGCCUCUCACCUUCACCACGGCCACGUUCGCACAGACCAAGUUCGGCAGCACCAAGCUCAAGAGCAGCAGCAAGCGCGCCAACCGCAUGUCGCCCACCGAGUUCAGCAACUACAUCAAGCAGCGGGCCGUGCAGCAGCAGCUGGCGGCGCGGGCCCUGUCGCCCGCGGACCCGGCGGCCUACUUCGGGGCCCGGCGCGAGGGCUCGUCGGCGGGGCCCCCGGCGCCCUCGCACCUGCUGCUGGCCAACUGAGCGACCCGCUGACCCGCCGACCCGCUGACCCGCUGACCCGCCAGAGACGCGGCCGCGGUUUAUUUUUUUAUUUUCCGCGGGGGCGACCCGCGCCGCCUGCCGCUUGUGAUAUCCGUACGAUUUUUCAUAACUUUUUUAUUCUCGUUGAUUAUGUCGAUGUGUAAAUUUGUCGAUAGGAGCGAUGAGCCGCCGCAGACUCGCCGGCGAUUUAUUUUCUUACUAUUGAAAGCCGAGUCGACUCUUUGAUGUCUUCGAUCAUCGAUAUCGAUGUAAUGUUAUUAUUCGUAGGAUAAGGAUCCGACGGACCGCGUGCGCUGACGACGACGUACCUUACUGAGCGAGCCUCUACUCAUACGUCCUCCGAACUAAGAAAAUAUAUAAAAAUGUAUACUUUAUAUAUAUCUACUCGUAUGCGAAUUCUAAUUUUUCACGUGGAAAAGCCAAUAGAUAAAUUGAUAUUUUUAAUAUUCAUAAAUAAAUUCAUACUUUAUAAGACGUAGUGUAAAUUUGGUGUACCUACUUGAAUUUGAUAUAACUUGCAUAUCGUUUUGGACGCGGUCGAGGCGGCCGGUUCGCGCGGCGACCGCCCGAAGGCGUCGAAGAUCUCAUAUAGCGUAAUAAUCAUGUCUCGUAUGACUGUACCCUUAUAACUGUAUAAUUACUAUACAUAAUAAUAUAAUAUAGAAUAGUACUAGCUACGUUUCAAUCUAACAGUAUUUUUUUAAAAAGAUAUUAGUCCUCGUGUACAUUGGUGGCAGCCUCUCCGAAGGCCGGACUUAGUCUACGGUAUACUUAUUAUGAUGUUAUAAAAGUUGUGAGUGUGAAUAAAAUUGAUAUAUUUCUCAAUUCAUUAAGUAACUGGUGCAUGCAAAUUCAUAUGAUAAUGUGUUAUUUAUCUUUUUUAUAUUUCACUUGGCAAUUUAGUUCAGUGUUUCAAUCGAGGUUAGGAAUUGUAGGGGGCUGUGCUGAGUUAUGCGGGUAUAGCUUGUCGUUUACGGUGCGUGGCCUGCAGAGGGCGCCUCUUGACUCCGUACAAUGGUUACAAUACUAUUAUUCAUUGCACGGAGUACGGAAUAUUCAUACUAUACGUUGUACAUCUGUAAUAGUCGAAACACAUGAUCGGGUUUUGUUCAGCCGAACCAUCGGAUGGUCUCGUGGGCAAGUAGCACCAAUUGGUCCGGACUGUAGUAAUAAUAAUUUUGUGUGAUAAAUAAUACGAUACGCGUCCGAUGAUUCGUACCAAAUCCGUUCAUGUGUUUAGACUAUAAGUUGCGACAGAAAUCUUGUUAAUUUUCAUAGAUUAUCUUUAUUGAAUAGUGUUUGUUAUAAAUGUGAUUGAUUUACGUUCACCAGUACAAGUUCUCGAUGAAUCGAAAAGCGCAAUAAUGACAAGUUGUAUGAUUACGGAAAUGUGCAUUAUUUUUUUACGAUUUUUAUAUUUUGAUUUAGUGUAAGUCUAGCUGUAUGAUAAUUUAAAUAACCGUAAUUUAUUAUCCUACUCUUCUAACGUAAUGAUAGCUCGAUUGGAAAACUGGCCAAAACGCUGCAGUAUUUUUUGUAGAUAAAAUCUAUUAUGAUAAGUAAUUAGUGUUAUGAGAUUUUUUAUUAUAAAUAUUCUUUUUAUUUCCCUUUGUUUUGUAAGAUGUAAUAUUACUCGAUGAGGUGUAUAGAAGUAUUGCAUAAUAUAGAUGGCGGUGUCAACAGCCGCAAAUAUAAUUAGUCAAUAAUUUUUCAUAUUGUUGUACGACUUUUUAAGUUUAUAUUAAAAUGUUUUGUGCAAUCUA